CUUCUUUUCUUAGCAUCCUCAUUUAGGUGGAUAAACGGACAAGACGCAGCUAUGAGUCUCUCAGCCAAUGACAAAGCCAACGUGAAGGCCAUCUGGGGCAAGAUCCUCCCUAAAUCCGAUGAGAUUGGAGAACAGGCUCUUUCCAGGAUGGUGGUUGUCUACCCCCAGACCAAGGCCUACUUCUCCCACUGGGCUUCCGUGGCCCCCUAUUCCGCUCCAGUGAAGAAGCACGGCAUCACCAUCAUGAAUCAGAUCGAUGAAUGUGUAGGCAACAUGGACAAUCUCGUUGAUUUCUUGUCCAAGCUCAGUGAACUGCACGCCACCAAGCUGAGGGUGGACCCCACCAACUUCAAGAUCCUGGCUCACAACCUGAUUGUGGUCGUUGCCGCCUACUUCCCUGCGGAAUUCACCCCCGAGAUCCAUCUGUCCGUGGACAAGUUCCUGCAGCAACUGGCUCUGGCCCUGGCGGAGAAGUACCGCUAAACGGGAGUUCAGCUGUCAAGCUGUCAUCCGAGGCAUAAUGUCCAUCCAAUAUUGACACACUGACAAUGUCUUGUGAUAUAUAUUGUCGGCUACAUUUGGAUUCUCUUGUAGAAUAUAUUUGUCACGUCAAGUAUAGAAUAAAGUUAACAGCCUAUUUCACAUUGUUUCAAGGGCAUUUCAUAAAAAUUAUGCACUUCACAAUUAAUUAUAUUUUUACUCCACCUUAGCAUACACCUUGACAUUAAAAUGUCCUAAAUGAA